UAUCUGCAUCAGGUAUUGGCCGGCCCCUUGGCUUGAAUUAGUUCAUAAAAAAUCCUCGCCCUGUUACGACACUCUGCAUGUUGAAAGUUUUGGUGGUGGCCAGCUAUACCGAAUUAUUGAUCAGCCUUGGGGCCUUCAUUGUGUUCCGCCACGUCCGGGCACUUCUCGCGGUCCUUGCUUUCUAGAAAAGCACUAUCAUGACGCUUCCUGCCUCGAGACCCCCGGACGUUUACGCAGGUGGAAUCGGUCAGAGGCCCUAUCGGUCAAGGAGACAGAAGCCGUGCAAUGCAUGUCGACAGAGACGAUCAGGUUGUGUUCGGCGGGGCACCUCUGCCUGCACAUUUUGCACCGUCCGAGGCCUGGACUGUGUCGUGGAUUCGACUGCUACUACCAGCCCCAAUUCCAGGACGAACCUUGCGCCUGCUGUAAUCACUAAUGUCCAGGCUCGACGGGCAGAGCAGGAACUUUUGUGCGCGAAUCCGGGCCAGCCAAAGCCCUCCCCGACACGACCUUCAGCGAUUCGGGCUCGAUCCGACGACAUCGUUCGAAGUACCUUGCAAUACAUUGGCCCGACCAGCGACCACGACUCCUUUAUCUUGCGGCACAGCUCCUUGGGAAAGUCAUCAGCCAACUCACCCAGCGACGCAGACUGGGCGUGUCAAAGGAUCAGCACAGAUCCAAGAAAUCCCGUUCACUUCUCGUCUUUCCCAGACGAACAUCUCGACGCCCGACCGUAUUACUACCCGCGAAACAUUGUGGAAGAAGCCGUCCGGUCGUUCCGCGAUGACCUCGUGCACGCCUUCUUUGAGUAUGUUCACCCUUCCAUGGCUCUUUUGGGCCCCCAGCAGCCCUCCACACUGGCCAAAUCGGCCACCCUAAUGGCCUCGAUCUACGCCCUGGCACAGCGGCAUUGUCCGGCGGCCCGCGACGUCGACCCUUGGCUAUUUACAGACUUCAAUAAGCAAGCCCUCAACAUCGAGACACACACAGUCAAACUCGAAACCGUGGAGGCGGCAUUGUUGUUUGCUCAGCGUCACCCCCAUGUCCUCCGCGCACCGAAUAUGCCGGGGGUGUCUGCCGAAGUUGGAGGCAUCAUAGGAAUGGGCCAUGAUCUAGGAUUGAACAUUGAUCCCAUCGACUGGGACAUAUCUGACACCGAACGGCGACGACGGAGACGUCUCUGGUGGGGCAUCUUCAUUCAAGACAAGUGGUUUGCAUUGACACUUGGUCGCCCAUCGUAUCUUCAGGACGAUCAAAACAAUGUCUCGAUGCUGACACAGGCUGAUUUCGCAGCAGAGGGCUUCGAACAGCCUUCCAAAUCUCAGUCUCAACCUGCCAACAUCUUUAUUGGAAUGGCUACCUUGUCUGUCAUUCUCUCCAGGAUAUGCCGGGAAUUCUUUACCGUGAAAUCUACUCGCUCUUUUUGGGGUUCGAUUGCCGAGUUACAACAUGCCUGGACCCUGCUGGAGGAAGAUUUGGACAGGUGGUACGCCACUUUCUUGGAGCCCUUGCUGGCAAGCAAAGGUUUUCCUGACCCGACAGGCUCUCUUGAACUAGCAUUCUAUACGGUUCAGAUCACGCUGUGCCGUGGAGCGCUCCGGAUCGUCCUCUCUCAGUUCUCAACCGACGAGGUAUUUUGGAAACAUUUACGCCAAAGAGGCAAAACUGCUGCGUUGUCCGUGGUCCGGCUGCUCGAUCAACUUCCUGUUGCCCGCAGCUCGGCGUUUUGGUGGUCAGCCUCCAGGCUCAAUUUUUCCAUCGCAGGAAGCUUCAUGAUCAGCAUGUUCCUCUGUUCGGUUUCGGAUGAAGAAAGUCAAUAUUGGAUGGAUCAAAUCGCCUUUUACAGAAAGCUUCUCCGUGCCCACGCGACCGGCUUUGAGGUCACGAAACACGCAUCAAUCCGCUUAGACUUACUGGCAGACCGGGGCGGCGUUUAUGCGUCGUCUUCUACAACUGUAUCGGAGCAAUGUGCCAACGACCCUCAGCCAGUCUAUCAUCAGCUUUCCACCCAAACAGAAGAUAAUGAGACCGCAGCGACAACGUCAGCCACGAUAGACAUAUUGCCGGCUAUAGAUCCGAACGAGGACUGGUUGGUUCAGUUGCCUUCUUUGUCGCCGUUUGGGGUGCAUGAUUUCGGUCUCGUAUAGUACGAAAGAGAAAAAUAUAGAGACGAGGGUAAAGACGCUUAAUUAUGUUGGUACUAUGAGAACCUAGACUGGACAAGAGCCUUUCGCUAUAUAAAGGCGACCCUCAAACGGUCCUAGGCUAUCCCAAUCCUUGAUCUCCGACACAGUGGCAAUCUCUAGCGAGAACAAGGACAAAUCUAAGUGAUCUGGUAGCCGAAAAGGCUUCUGGGAUGCGGUCAGGUUGAGCAGAACCAGGGCUUCACCGUGGACAGAUGUCUUUUGAAAACAGAACAACCCGCUGUCGUCGCCAGCAUCGAUUGGG